AUGAAGAGUAUCAUCUUUGCGUCCCUCUUGACUUCGGCGGCAGCCUUUGCUCCGGCCUCCUCAUCGACUACCCGAACGGCGACGCCUACCGCCUUGAACGAAGAAUUCUGCCGAGGAUACGUCGGUGGUGAAUCCGUUGAACCCAUGUUCAUUGGCAAGACCGGAUCCAAGAACUUUGAUCCCCUGGGUCUGACGGAGAAAGUUCCCGAGUGGGUGCCUUGGUUCCGCGAGUCCGAGCUCAAGCACGGCCGUGCCGCCAUGCUCGCGGUGGCGGGAUUCGUCGUGCCCGAGUUCGUCCGCGUCCCCGGUGAGGCCUACUCCUUCGCCGCCAUUCCCAACGUCAUUGACGCCCACGAUGCCUUGCCGCAAGCCAUGAUCCAAAUCUUUGCCUGGAUCAGCUUUGUGGAAGCCGUGUCCUUCCCCGCACUCGCCAACAUGAACGAAUUCGAUCGGGUGCCCGGAGACUUUGGUUUCGAUCCCCUCAAGCUCUACCCCAAGGACGCCGCCAAGCAAGAACAAAUGCAAUUGAAGGAACUCAAGAACGGACGUCUCGCCAUGGUCGCCAUCGGUGGGAUGGUCACCGGAUCCGCCAUUACCGGACACGGAUUCCCCUACCUUUAA